GGUGAACAAAACGAACUCGGCCUUCCAGUUUGUUGUGCAAGCGGCCCAGCAGCCCAGCAACGGCGAGCUCUCCCCAACCGACGACCCACGACCCCGUCACGGCCUCGCCGGCGGCGGCACGCUCACUGGCCUUGCCGUCGCUGCCUCGCCUCCGGCUUCGCCCCGUCAUCCGGCGCUCGCCGACACCCCGCCUAGACCCCUCCUCCCCCUCCUACUCUCAAGUCUGACCCCCUCGCUCGUCCCCGGCUCCCCGACGCCCUGCGCCCAACGGCCGCCGACGCUCCCUGCCCCUUCUGGCAAAGCCACACAGGUGAGCACGAUGCUGCGCAGCUUCCCCCAGGCCCAUCGGCUUCUGAAGAGGCUGGGUUUUGAGAAGGGGGACGCCUACUUCUUUAAGCAGAUGGGCAAGGGCAUGCUAUGCACAUACGCGCUUUUUGGCGCCGCGUGGUUCUGGAAUGAGACAUCGCCGCUUGGCUGGUGGACGCUCAAGCCACGGCCCAAGGAAGAGAAGGAGAUGGCGCAUCUGUACGAGCGCAGGGAGUUCCCGUACCCAGGCGACGAGGAGGCAGUGGAGGAGUUCAUAAAGAGCGGGGGCGCCCUGGGCACGACGAUCGGGCCCAAGGGGUUCGCGGACGCCAACAUGGACUCGGACAACAUGCAGAAGCAGCUGCAGUCGAAGAAGUUUGACCAGGAGGCGCGCAAGCUGUGGUUCCGGAUGCGCAACGAGGUGGUGCAGGAGCUCCAGGAGAAGGGGUUCGACGUCGAAUGA